GUGGAGCUAACCCCUGAGUGUCCUGAGGCCAUUUACUCUUCAUGCACUUUGCUCUCCUCUGACUCUCGCUCUCCCACAACAAACAUGGCCAUGUUCGCCGUCAGAAGCGUCCUCCGCCUCGGCUCCAGGCUCUCCGUGUCCGCGGCGGCGAGGAGGGGAUGCGCCGGCUCCAGCAUCCAGGUGGACGAUGUGGUGAACGGACUCACCGACGACCAGAUCCAGCUCAGACAGACGGUGCGUAAAUUCCUCUCAGAGAAGCUCGCACCUCAAGCUGAUGAGAUCGACAAGCAAAAUGAAUUCGCAGGAAUGCGGGACUUCUGGAAAGACAUGGGGGAGAUGGGGCUCCUUGGGAUCACUGCUCCAGUGGAAUACGGGGGCACGGGACUGGGCUACCUAGAUCAUGUCAUUGUCAUGGAGGAAAUGUCGCGAGUGUCAGCAGCCAUUGCUCUUAGUUAUGGCGCCCACUCAAACCUUUGUGUCAACCAGAUGGUGCGCCACGCAAACGAAGAGCAGAAGGAAAAAUACAUGCCGAAGUUAAUGACAGGAGAGCAUGUCGGCGCGCUGGCCAUGAGUGAGUCUAACGCUGGAUCAGAUGUCGUAUCAAUGAGACUCAAAGCCAAGAAGGAAGGCGACUACUAUGUCCUGAAUGGCAACAAGUUCUGGAUCACUAAUGGUCCAGAUGCUGACGUCCUUAUAGUUUAUGCCAAGACAAAUCCAGAGGCCCAUCAAAAAGGCAUCACAGCUUUCAUUAUUGAAAAGGGAAUGCCGGGAUUCUCCACAGCACAGAAGCUCGACAAACUCGGCAUGAGAGGAUCAAACACCUGCGAGCUGGUCUUUGAAGACUGUAAAGUCCCAGAGAAAAACAUCCUGGGUCCCCUGAAUAAAGGUGUUUAUGUGAUGAUGAGUGGCUUAGAUCUGGAGAGGCUGGUGCUCGCAGCAGGACCUAUUGGCAUCAUGCAGUCAGUUCUGGACUUUUCCAUUCCCUACCUACAUGUCAGAGAAGCUUUCGGACAGAAGAUUGGUGAAUUUCAGCUGAUGCAAGGAAAGAUGGCUGACAUGUACACCAGACUGAGCUCCUGUCGACAGUAUGUCUACAACGUUGCCCGCGCUUGUGACAAAGGACAUUUCAGCUCAAUGGAUUGUGCUGGAGUCAUUCUGUAUUGUGCUGAGAAUGCCACUCAGGUUGCUCUGGAUGGUAUUCAGUGUUUGGGGGGGAACGGCUACAUCAACGACUACCCAAUGGGGCGAUUCCUACGUGACGCGAAGCUGUAUGAAAUCGGAGCAGGCACAAGUGAAAUCCGCCGGCUCAUCAUCGGACGAAGCUUCAACGCCAUGUUCAAAUAAGCUAAAGUGAGGAAGAGCGAGCGCUGAGGACGGAUCUGAAUGAUGAACAGUUACUCACACCCAGGGCCUUAACACCGAAUUAGCCGAUGCUGCUGUUUGGAUGUUGUGGGGUUUUAGAGUUAGCGUUACCAGGGAUUUUCAUUCAUCUGCAGCAGGAAGUGUCAGUGGACAGUGAUGUUACAACAACAGACAGAACAAAUAAAAUGUUAGUUUAGUGUCUGAAGUGGCCUUCAUGUAUUUUGUUUAAUAAAUAUUAGGUUGUUGUUAAAGUUGAUUAAUAACCACUGAAAUACCAAUCAAACACCAAUAUUGCUAUAAUGCAACCAUGCAAACAAACAGUGUCACAGGUUUUCCUUUUUUGAGAUGAAAAUGGAUUGAGAAUUGUGGCUGCUUGUCAAGAUUAUUUUAGUUUUCUCUUGAAAACUCUGCCAGACCUUCAGAACUGCUGCUGAGAGAGAAGUGGAUUGUGAAUGUUGUAUUAUUUAUUGUGAGGAAAAUGGAUGCCAGGGGCUCGGUGUUGCUCCAGGACACGUUGGCAGGUCACUGUUCCUUGGUUAGAACCUAAAAACAUCUUUCUCUAAACAUAACGAUCAUCAUCACUACAGUUAAAAUUCAAAAAGUCUCCAGAUUUUACUGUGAUCGUUCACUGUAAAUGUGAGUUAAUGUUUGUAACAUAGAUGUAAAUUAAAGUCCUUUCAACAAUAUCAAUGCAAACUGGAUUGUUUCUGAUCAUUAAACAGGAUCAUUUGAUGUCUGGGAGUGCUCUGUUGAAUCAGUGUAACUGAAAAAUGAUUUUUAUAUGAUGUAAACCAAUCCCCCUCAGAUGCUGUGAGACUUGAUGGUCUUCUCUGUAAAGGACUUUGAUUUUUAACAACCAGUAGCUGUACAGUUUCAACAUGUAUGAUAUAUAUGACUUUUGUUUCCAAUGAAUACAAAUAAAGCAUUUUUAGUUCUUGA